AGCGUGUGUUGCUGAUUUAUAUUAUUUUCCCAGUUUUCCCAGUUUUGAGAAGGUGUUGCUUGAUUUUUUUUCCUUUUUCCUGUGUGUUUUAUACUGUUUUAAUAGUCAUUAUGGUUUUUUGUUUUUAAUUUCCAUUUUUGGUUUUUAUUUUAUUCCUUUUUCUCAUUUUACUUUUUAAUAAUUUUAUUUCAAGAACAUUUAUUAAAAAUCAUUAACCUUUAAAAAUGUGACUAUUUUCAAAAUCCAUGAUCAUUUUUCAAAUUCAUAAAAAAUCAUGAAUAUUUCUAAAGUUCAUGAACAUUUGUACAUUUUGUGAAAAAAAUGGGAAUGUUCUUCAAAUUCACGAACAUUGUUUCAGAUUCAUGAGUAUUUUAAAUUCGUGGUUUUUUUUAUAAAAAAAGAAAAAUCAUGGCGUCACUGAGUAUGUUUUUGAAAUUUGCAACAUUUUUUAAAAUCUGUGAAUAUCUUUUUAUUAAAAAAACUUAUUCAAAUAAAAAAUAGGGGGAAAAGCUAGCAAUGGAGCGAUGGGGGAAAAAAAGCUAAGAUAGAGCUUCAUUGGCCGGUUGAUGCGAGCGUUAUAGCAACAAUUUGACGGUCUCGGCAUCAAAUAAGAGCUUCCAAAGGACUCACACAAGCAUGAAUGGUCUACACCGAUACAGUGCCCAAGACGGUAUAAAAAAACACCGCGGUAACACAAGUAAAACCCAAGGCGACAUACUAGAUAAAACCAAAUUGAAACAGCCGACUGCAAUAACCUGCUAGAACUUUAUAAGAUCUUCGAGAAUAAUCAAUAAAGUGGCCGUAUGCAUCUGCUUACAAGAAUGUGCAGGGUCAGAUGGGUCGUCAUACUCAUAGUAGAGUGGAUACAUGCAUGCAUCAUGCAUGGCCGUACUUGUUCAACUGUUGCCGACGCCGCGCCGUCCAUUUAACAUCCGAUGACUACACGAUACACCAAAGAAGAAGCGAGCUAGCUAGCUGACGAACGGUUGCUACCAAGAGCUAGCUGAAAUUAAGAAGAAGAUGUUUCUCCGAUGGAGUUGGCUGUUGCUGUCCCUCUUCUAGAUUAGAUUAGAUUAGAUUAGAUGCUCCUCCUACUACUAAUCCAUCGUCACUCAGUGCAAAGUCUCCUUCAAUCGUUGCCUUGUUAAACCAACGACAAAUUCAAUUCAAACCAGAUCAUUCUGCCCAACUCAUCAUGCGAAAAUGUCAAACACACCUACUACGUAGAGGAUUCAUUUACGUACCUUACCGCCGCCAUGGGCCAUGGCCUCCACACCUCUCCCUCCCUCAUUUGAUUUCAUCGCCGCCUUUUGGCCGUAUGCAUCGUUCUGAUGCAGAGGCCAGGGAGUCCCCAUUUCGAGGAAAAAAAAAUUCAUCGCCGCCGCGGGCCAACUCCAUCGUCCUCCCCAUCCCCAUCCCAUCCACCACCUCUUAAAACCUCGGCCGCCCACCCCCCACAUCUCGCCAGCCAAAACCGACUCCGCACCGGCACGUACCGACAUCAACGCGGGCGCGCUCCCUUGCUCCGGGCAAUGGCCCUCCUCCUCCUCCUCGCCUACGCCGCGCUCGCCGUGGCGGCGCUCUCGCACAGGUCCGCGCUCCACGCGCUGCGCCGCCUGUGGCGCUGGGCCGACGACCAAACGCAGGCGUACCAGCUCCACCAGGUGCCGCGCAGGCUCCCUGGUGCUGAGGGAGUCCACCGGGAGAACCCGCUGUUCCUCAAGGCCGCGGCGUACGUCUCCUCGCUGCCGUCGCUCGAGGACGCCGACGCCGUCUCCGUGCUCUCCUCCUCCGCCAACAAGACCCACGGCGGCUUCUCGCUCCGCCUCGGCCCCGGCCACACCGCGCGCGACGCCUUCCUCGGCGCGCGCCUCGCGUGGACCUGCCUGGCCCGCGAGGACGGCGAGGAAGCGCUCGUGCUGCGCGUGCGCCGGCACGACCGGGCCCGCGUGCUCCGGCCCUACCUGCAGCACGUCGAGUCCGUGGCCGACGACAUGGAGCUACGAAGGCGGGAGUUGAGGCUCUUCGUCAACGUGCGCGGCGGCGUCGACGGGGCGCCGAGGUGGGCGUCGGCGCCGUUCGCGCACCCUGCCACGCUCGACGCGGUGGCCAUGGACCCGGACCUCAAGGCGCGCGUCCGCGCUGACCUGGAGAGCUUCGCCAAGGGCCGCGCCUACUAUCACCGGCUCGGCCGCGUCUGGCGCCGGAGCUACCUGCUCCACGGCCCGCCCGGCACCGGCAAGUCCACCUUCGCGGCGGCCAUGGCGCGCUUCCUCGGCUACGACGUGUACGACGUGGACCUGUCCCGCGCCGACGUCGACCUCCGCGCGCUGCUCAUGCAUACCACCCCGCGCUCCCUCAUCCUCCUCGAGGACCUCGACCGCCACCUGCAGCUCCAAGACCACGGCGCGGAGGCGCGGGUGCUGAGCUUCAUGGACGGCGUGGCCUCGUGCUGCGGCGAGGAGCGGGUGAUGGUGUUCACCAUGCGGGGCGUCGCGCCCUUGCCCGCGGCGGUGGCGCGGCCGGGGCGGCUGGACGUGCACGUCCGGUUCACGCUCUGCGACUUCGAGGCCUUCAAGGCGCUGGCCGGCAGCUACCUAGGGCUGACAGACCACAAGCUGUUCCCGCAGGUGGAGGAGGGGUUCCAAGCCGCCGGCGAGCGUCGCCCCAGCCCCGCCGAGCUUGGCGAGAUCAUGCUCGCCAACCGCGCGUCCUCGAGCCGCGCGCUCCGCACCGUCAUCACGAGGCUCCAGCACGAGCGCGCGUCGGAAGGCUCGGCCGCGCCGACAACGGCGCCGCCGCGGAUGCCGCACAGAAGGAUCACGAGCUGGUCCGGGGCCGGGCAGUGGGACGGCGGGGCGGAGGAGGAUGCGGGGACGACGGCGUGCGCGGGCGGCGGGGUGUUGGGCAAGGACGCGGCGCCGAUGCGGGAGCUGAAGAAGCUGUACGGGCUGAUCAAGACGAGGAGCCGGAAGGAUGGCCCCGGGGUCGCGCCGUCGGAGGAAGGCGAGGCGACGGCGGCGGUGAGCGGACGCUGGUCCGGGUCCGGCAGCAACCACGGCAUGGAGCGGUGAAUUUUGGGUAGCCGGCGGCGGUAGAGCACGUGGUCGUAGCACAGUGUGGAGGAGUAGUCCUUUUGAGCAGAGUAGCUACAAAAGAGUAGAAAGCUUUUCUUUAGGGUAGAAAGUUGAAAACUGCCCUGAAGCUACAAAAAAUUCCAAACAGCAUUUUGUUAACGUCCAAGAGAUGCUUUUUUAUAGGCGUGUCAAAGUAAAAGUUUGAACACAAAAUUAUUGUUCAGAGAAUAUUUGAAAA